GAAACAAAAUAGGAAGCUUAAUAAAGAAAAAAAGGCAUUUGCUCGGAUUCAGAAGAUGAAAGAUCAAAGAAAUGAUGAGAGUGGAGACCAAGUCAGACCUUCGUUUGGCAAUUCAAAAACAAAAGACGAAAGAGGCAAAGGUUUGAAAAGAGGAUGGCAAAAAGUGAUGUUAUGGCAGCGUCCCAUGCUAGUCCAAUGAGUAUUAGUAACAUAGGUUAUAUUGGGCAGGGUAAUGACAGUGAAAAUUACUCCGGGGCUUCAGGUAGUCCAGGUUGUAAGAGACUCAAGCUAGCGGUCACAUGUGAAGAAUAUGUACCUUCAUCCAGUAUACAGACUCAUCAUCCCAAAUUUCAAGAAAUGCUGAAUUGUGGACAACCUUCCACUUCAGGACCGUCACAGCAGUUCAGUCCAUCUAGACCUUCAUUUGAAGGGGUGUUUCAACCUAGACAAGCUCCCUCUUCUGGACCGUCAUGGCCAAGAACACGAACCAGAGGGCGCAGAAAUAAAAAGCGGCACCAUCAGAAAAAUGAAAGUGGAUACGGAAAUAAUCCUAUUGAGGAAAUUGCACUUAGUGAAUAUGAGCCAGACAGCAACACAAUACCAGAACCAAACAGUUUUCAGGGCCAGUGUUUUCCAAGGAAGAAUAUGUUUUGUUCCCGAGAACUCUUGGAGAAGAUUCCGAAAUCCUAUAUUUUGAGCAGACUGCCACAAGAUGAAAACGGUGCUGAAGAGCUCUUUCAGAAAAUAUUCAAGAAUAUGGCUGGAGACACAGAGAUGUACAGGACACGAGUUCUACCUGCUUUGGAGAAUAUGCUCAAGUUACAUAAGAGUUGUUCCUAUCAGAGACAUUUUAACCAGUGCUGUAGUGGACAGUACAGUCAAAGUAAACUGGGUAAACAAGGAAAAGGAGCGCUCAUCGUAGCUAGGGACACGAUAAGAAAAGCAUCCUACGGUAAACAGCAAGAUGUCUGGAAGAAGGGCAUGCGGGCGAGACGUUCAACGAAAGUGACAACAAAAAGGAUCUUGAGUCAACAUCUGGGGAUACCUGAGGUAUACAUGUUCCUGAGACGUGUACUCAACAGUGUUAUACCAAAUGAACUUGUAGGAAAAGCCAACAAGAAAAAACUGGACAAAUGCAUCAAACAGUUCCUUAAACUUGGCAAAUAUGAUAAAUUUUCUGUGGCAGAGCUGAAGGUAAAGCAAAUGAAGGUUGAAAAUAUUUCCUGGCUGGCCAAUAUUGCCUCCAAAACUGAGCAGCUUCAUCUUCUAUCACAAGUGAUCGUUUGGAUUUUUGAGGAUUACAUCAUGGUGCUACUACAGUCAUUUCUGUACAUCACUGAGACAGCACAUCAUCGUAAUCGGUUACUAUAUUUCCGGAAGAGAGACUGGUUGAGACUACAUAUGAGAGGCUUGGACGCUUUGCUGAAAAAGAAGAUGUUAGUGCCAAUCACUCAGACAGAUGCUCUGAGGCAGUUAACAGAGGGCACAGCACUAGGCGUUGCCAGUUUGCGAUUCCUACCCAAGUUCAAAUCACUAAGGCCGGUCGUUAAUCUCGGAAAGAGACCCCCAUCCAUGUGUAAACAGACUCUACCUAUCAACAAACAGCUGCUGAACCAGUUGAAUAUACUGAACUACCAUGUGGAGAGAAACCCAGCAAUAGUAGGAUUUGCCAUAUUUGGAAUGGAAAAGGUUUACCCCAUAUGGAAACAGUUUGCCUCAUACUAUCAAGGACAGGAAAGUUGUAGGCCACUUUACUUUGCCAAAGUGGAUGUUGCUACCUGCUUUGAAGAUAUUAACCAGGAGAAAAUGUUUUCCAUCAUAAAAGACAUAAUUCAAAAGGAGGAAGACUACCAAAUUAGGAAAUAUGUGACUAUGCAUGUUUCGGGGGGUCAGGUGAAAAGGACUUUCCGAAGAAAAGCAUCAGCACUGUUAGAGUUCAACCCAAACUUCACAAACUUUGUUAAAGAGAGAGUAGAGAAGGAGAGUCUAACAAACAUUAUAUUUAUUGACCAGGUAACUUCCCAGUCCGAGAAGUCUUCAAACCUCUUACAACAGUUGAAGUCUCACCUGUCCAACAAUCUUAUAAAGGUAGGAAGAAGAUAUUAUCACCAGACAUCAGGAAUCAGUCAGGGCUCCAUCCUGUCCACCAUGCUGUGUAACAUUUAUUACGGGUGUUUAGAAAAGGAGUUGUUUCCCCCUUUGGAGAGGCAGGAACUUUUGAUGAGGAUUGUAGACGACUCUCUGUUUGUGACACCAUACAAGGAACGGGCCGUUGAUUUUCUCUCUCAUAUGUUCAAAGGGCUUCCUGACUACAACCUCCAUGUGAAUCCUGAAAAAGUCCUGUUGAACUUCCCUCUGGAACAAAAAGACAUUGGAACCUUUCCAAUGACUCAUACAAAUUGGUUUCCCUGGUGUGGUAUGCUGUUCAACAGCGUCACUCUGCAGGCUGGUAUAGACUACUGCAGGUACGCUGGCAUCUCUGUUGUGGAUACCAUGAGCUUUGACCUUACCCUGAAUCCUCUAAUGACCUUGAAGAGCAAGCUCUUGAGUGCUUUGAAGCCUAAAAGUCAUGCUAUCUAUAUGGAUACAGAACUGAACACAGCCGAAAUAGUUGUAACCAAUAUCUUCAAGAUUUUUCUUCUGAAUGCGCUGAAAUUUCACAGCUACCAGAGACGCCUUCCUCAUGAACUGCAUUCUACGUACCAGGGGACAUUCUUCAUAGAUUUACUCAUGGCCCUGGGUGGCUACUUCUAUCACCAGACUUCCGCCUAUCUCACCAAGAAGGAUUUACAGCCAGAUGUAUUUAAUGUAUCCAAGGAUGUAGUGAUGUGGAUCUGCUUGCAGGGCUUCUCAGUUGUUCUCAAGCAGAACACGAACGGCUGGCAAUACCAGACGUUACGACGAGUACUGAACCAGCAACAUGUGCUCGUCAAUGCCAGACUCGAGUCACAGGAGAAAGGGCUCCCUGCAGUAUUAUUGAAGGUGUGUGGUGACCAGCUGCCAAUUGAGCUCCUGGACCAUUUUCUUUCAAUCUAAUCAAAAUCUAGAUGAUCAUUCUCACUACGUUAAAUGGACAUCUAACGACAUCGCAUAAGGGGUCACGUCAGGAUGACCUUUCGGAUUAAUCAAUCAAAUUACUACUUACAGAAUCUUGGAGGUGAAUUUUGUAUGUGCGAAAUAGCAUGGAUAGAGUACAUAGCUUGCAUAAUCUGUCAAUUCGUUUCAAGUCAUUUGAUCAAACGAAGCAUUUAGCUAUAUACAUGCUGUACCGAAAUGGUUAGCUUCAAAUGCCUGAUGUGACGAAUGGGUGAAAUCAAUGACAUGGAAAAAUUGACAUUUCGCCCUGAAAGUGAAAUAUUUAGAUACAAAAGGUUACCAGAACGUGACCAUUUAUGCGAUGUCGUUAGAUGUUCAUGUAACGUAGUGGGAAUGAGCAUCUAUAUUUUAAUUAGAAUGAUAUUCUUUGAGAAGUUCGUACGAAGAAUAGGACGUAAAAUAUUUGACAGUACCCUUGGUACUCAAGAUCGGACGUUGAAUAUUCGAGAGGGUCCGUGGUCAUGAUACACACGUUUUAUAUUCGAAAGGGGCCUUUGGGUCAAAGGAUUAGCCAUUAUAAACAUUGGACAAGGCCCUGGGUACAUACGAUUGGACGUUAAAUACAUUUAACGAAAAAGAAGUGGGACCACUGUUUUCGUUUAGGUGUUUCGAGUACUCUUUUACAUGUUCUAUGUACUAGUUUACUUUUAAUGACGUAGUGUUAUGAAUCUAUUGAAUAUUUGUUAAUCAUGCUGUUGUUAAUUACGAUAUCGAUCACAUGAUCCUUUUAUGUCUUGCAUAAGAAUAUUUUGCUGUUUUGUAAUGUUUGUGACAGUGUUAUGUCAUUAAAAUGACGAUAAGUUCUAAUGUCAUGAAAAUGGUGGUAAUUUUAUUGAGAUACAGUGUAUGUAUGUACAAUAUGUAUAUUCUAUAAGAGUUGUUAAAAUACAUAGCUUCCAGUCUGA